CCAGCGGCAGUCUCCAACUCUCCGUCAAAACGACACUGCAAUUACCUUGCUACCCUUUUUCUCGCCGAUGACGGCAACUCUCAAUACUCAACAGAACCUUCUAAAAGCUCUUGACACAAUUCUCUCUCGAUCCCACGAACCCUAAUUGUCACCGAUCCUCUCUUCUAAACAUGAUCCAUUAAUAAAUCCUCCAAUCCGAUCACCAAUUCGUUGUUCUCAAUUCUCUCGACUUGAUCGAAUAAAUGGCGAGUGGCACACCGAAUAUUGAUAAAUUCGAAUUGUACUUCAACAGAGCUGAUUUGGAUCAUGACGGACGAAUUAGUGGCGUUGAAGCUGUUACGUUCUUCAAAGCCUCUGGUUUACCUACGCCUGUUCUCGCUCAGAUAUGGACAAUUGCUGAUCGCAAUCAAACCGGUUACCUUGGUCGGUCUGAGUUUUACAAUUAUCUGAAACUUGUAACAGUUGCACAAAGUAGGAGAGAUCUUACUCCAGAAAUGGUGAAAAAUGCGUUAUAUGGACCUAAUUCUGCUCAAAUUCCUGCUCCUCAAAUCAAUCUUGGAGCCUUAGCGGUUCCUCAGUCAAACUUAAACAUGGGCCCACCUGUCCAGCGGACGCCUGGUAGGGCCCCUGUAGCUUCUCAUAGUGUUAGUACGAGUGGGCCACAGGGUUAUUCAUCUCAGCAAACUCAAGGCAUGAGGCCACAUGUGCCUCCACUUCCUAACGCCACAAUCCAACCUCAGCAUGGUGAGACUCAUGGACCGCCAGGUGUACACACGGUGGCAGGCCCUCGCCCUUCAACUUCGAGUCUUUUCAAUGAUUGGCUUAAUGAGAGGACGGGUGUGCCCACGCCUAAUGUCUCUUCUCAAGUUCCUAGUAAUGGUCUUUCUUCCAAACCAAAUGGUCAUACUUUUGCUGGUAGCAGGACUGGAGCUAAAGAUUCUAGUACCCUUGUUGCAGGAACGUCUAAUGGUUCUGUACCUGCAGGGACCCAGUUUCCCAUCAAACCAACUCAAUCCUCCCAAAUGAAUGUUUCCCAACAACCAACUGCUGGUCAAAACCAGAGAAUGCAGUCAACUUUGAGAUACAAUCAGCAAACUCCUGUCCAGAGUUCCUCUACUGCUCCUGUUAGAGCUGAAAAUGUUUCUUCUGGUCAAUCUUCAGAACCUUGGCCAAAGAUGACACAGUCAAAUGUCCAAAAGUACACUAAGGUAUUUGUGGAAGUAGAUACAGACAAAGAUGGGAAAGUUACGGGUGAACAGGCCCGCACUCUGUUUUUAAGUUGGAAGUUGCCAAUAGAUAUCCUAAAGCAGGUAUGGGAGUUAUCUGAUCAAGACAAUGACGGCAUGCUUUCUUUAAAGGAGUUUUGUAUUGCCCUAUACCUUAUGGAGCGGUACAGGGAAGGUCGUCUUCUUCCUCGUGUGUUGCCAGCUGGCGUCAUAUUUGAUGGGACGCCAUUGCCUCCAUCAGGUCAUCCACCUGCUGCAUAUGGUGCUCCAGUUUGGAGAUCUGAGCCAGGAGUCCAACAAGGACAUAGGGUUAUUGCGCAAGGACAGGUUAGUCAUUCUGCAGCAAGGCCACCUCGUCCCAUUCCAGUUCCUAUAGACGAAGAUGUGCAGCCUAAACCCCAAAAACCUAGAGUCCCUGUUCUAGAGAAGCAUCUAGUGGACCAACUUAGUACUGAAGAGCAGAAUUCAUUGAAUUCAAAGUUUCAGGAGGCAACAGAGGCAGAUAAAAAGGUGAAUGAACUUGAAAAAGAUAUAUUGGAAGCUAAACAGAAGAUUGAGUUUUACAGGAGCAAGAUGCAGGAAGUUGUUUUGUACAAGAGCAGGUGUGAUUCUCGGUUUAAUGAGAUUACCGAAAGGGUUUCUGCUGAUAGAAGAGAGGUUGAAUCACUUUCAAAGAAAUAUGAAGAUAAAUACAAGCAGGCUGGAGAUGUAGCUUCUAAAUUGACUAUUGAGGAGGCCACUUUUCGUGAUAUACAGGAAAAGAAGAUGGAGCUUUACCGAGCAAUUGUCAAGCUAGAUCAGGAUGGGAAACCUGAUGAUAUUCAGGCCCGAGUUGAUCGCAUCCAAGCGGACCUUGAGGAUCAAAUAAAAGCCUUAAAUGAACGCUCCAAAAUGUAUGGUUUGCGUGGGAAACCUACAUUGCUGGUUGAGCUGCCCUUUGGUUGGCAAGUUGGCAUUCAAGAAGGAGCAGCUGAUUGGGAUGAAAAUUGGGAUAAGUUUGAAGACGAGGGAUUCACAUAUGUGAAAGAGCUCACACUUGAUGUGCAAAACAUUAUAGCUCCUCCAAAACAGAAAACCUUACCAGUUCAAAACAAGUCUGCUUUCCAUGAUGAACAUUCCUCAAAUACCACCGAUAAAUCUGAAAAGCCUCCAGCCACUAAUGAAUCAGCGGAGCCACAUAACGAUAACUCCGUAAAAACCCCACCCAAUAGCAUGGAGUCAACAGAAAGCACAUCUAAAAUACUUGAAGAUGGCUCCCCCAGUGCUAUAAAAAACCAGAGUGAAUCUGUGUUUUCGGCUGAAAAAACUUCUGAUGAGGCAGUCUACGCCACAUUUGACAAUCGUUAUGAUUCAGAUUCUGCUUGGGAUUUUACUGCUACAAACCAUCAGGAUAUGGAUCAAGAGAGUUCUAAUGGAAAUGCGUUAUUCGAUUCUUCUGAUAGCUGGGGGCUAAACCCGAUAAGAACGAACAAGAACACGAUCCAGUUUGACUCUGUUCCAAGCACUCCUGCUUAUAGUUAUGCUGGAUCCCCAACUGGAAACAACUUAUUCCAUAACCAGGGCCCAUUUGCGUCAUCUUUUGCGGAUUCAGUUCCAAGCACGCCAGCUUAUAGUAACGCUCAACGCCCGUUCGUUUCAGUUUUUGCCGAUUCGGUUCCCAGCACACCCAUGUAUGAUGGCCAUGAAGAUCGUUCAUUCAACAAUUUAUCCAGAUUUGAUUCUUUCGCCAGCAACACUCCCCGUGAUUCCUUUUCUAGAUUCGAUUCAUUCCAUAGCACAACACAAGAUACGGAACGGAACCUUGCAAGAUUUGAUUCCAUGCACAGUACGGCUGAGUCUGAUUUCGGCCAUUCUCUUUUCCAGCCUCGUGAUUCUUUCUCGAGGUUUGAUUCCAUGCGGAACACUAAUGAUUCCUCUGACUUCAAUCACGGGCUCCCAUCUUUUGAUGAUCCGGGUCCUUUUGGGUCACACGACCCGUUUAAGACGUCAUUUGAUAGAGAGACGCCAAGAAAAGAUUCGCUAGAUGGUUGGAAGGCUUUUUAGUUUUUGCACAGUGAUCAUAUUUGAUGUUGAAUGCUUUGGACAUUGAGUUGGAGGUGAUGAUUCUUUCUUUUUACAUAGAUUACAUAUGUAUAGCAUAUUCAAGUUUUUAUGGAUUGAUAUGACUUCGGCAUGCGUUAAAAGUAUAAGCUCAUGUUUAUGAGCAUUAGUUUUGCAAGCUUUAAUCGUAUUUCUGCAUUGUACUAUAUGAAAUAUUUUACUUUUGUAUUUUGUUAUUUGGUGCUUAUGAAUAUGGUUGAAUA